GAUCAACUCUUUCGAAGGAGAACGAUCAUGGAGGUGGUGCCAGCUGAGGUGAAUAGUUUGCUUCCAGAGGAGAUAAUGGACACUGGUAUAACUUUAGUGGAUGAUGAUAGUAUUGAGGCUGUUAUUGUUUCAUCCCCAAUUCCCAUGGAGACAGAACUGGAAGAAAUUGUCAACAUAAAUUCUACUGGUGACUCUGCAGCCACGCCCAUUUCCACGGAACCAAUCACAGUGCACAGUAACCACACUACCCGAGUUGCAGUGAACACCACAGUCACUAAAGCAGAUUCUAAUACCACAGUGAAACCAGCUUUUCCAAGUGGCCUUCAAAAACUUGGUGCUCAGACUCCUGUGACUAUAUCAGCCAAUCAGAUUAUUUUAAACAAAGUAUCACAGACAUCUGAUCUUAAACUUGGCAAUCAGACCCUUAAACCAGAUGGACAGAAGUUAAUUUUAACAACUUUGGGCAAGUCUGGUUCACCAAUUGUUUUAGCACUACCCCAUAGCCAACCCCAGGCUCAGAAAGUUACAACUCAGGCCCAGUCAGGAGAUGCUAAGUUACCACCGCAGCAAAUUAAAGUAGUUACCAUUGGAGGGAGGCCAGAGGUGAAACCUGUCAUUGGUGUCUCAGCAUUGACCCCAGGAAGUCAACUGCUUAAUACUACAACUCAGCCCUCUGUGUUACAGACCCAACAGUUAAAAACAGUACAGAUUGCUAAGAAGCCUCGAACACCAACCUCUGGUCCAGUAAUCACGAAGCUGAUCUUUGCAAAACCAAUUAAUAGUAAAGCAGUUACAGGACAGACAACUCAAGUAUCACCACCAGUCAUUGCAGGUAGGGUUCUUUCACAGUCUACUCCGGGGACUCCAUCAAAGACCAUAACAAUAUCUGAAAGUGGUGUUAUUGGAUCAACUUUAAAUUCUACAACACAGACACCAAAUAAAAUAGCCAUCUCACCUUUGAAAUCGCCAAAUAAGGCAGUGAAAUCAACUGUGCAGACCAUCACUGUUGGAGGCGUGAGCACAUCACAGUUUAAGACAAUUAUUCCUCUGGCAACUGCUCCCAAUGUCCAGCAGAUUCAAGUGCCUGGAAGCAAGUUUCAUUAUGUCCGACUUGUUACUGCCACAACAGCCAGUAGCUCAACCCAGCCAGUUAGUCAGAAUCCCAGUACAAACACUCAGCCUCUCCAGCAAGCUAAACCAGUUGUUGUUAACACCACCCCAGUGCGGAUGUCCGUCCCACUUGUCUCAGCGCAGACAGUCAAACAAGUUGUUCCAAAACCGAUCAAUCCAACUUCUCAGAUAGUCACCACCAGCCAGCCACAGCAGCGGCUCAUCAUGCCUGCCACCCCACUGCCACAAAUCCAGCCAAACCUCACGAACCUGCCACCAGGCACUGUGCUGGCGCCAGCCCCAGGAACAGGGAAUGUGGGCUACGCAGUGCUUCCUGCUCAGUAUGUGACUCAGCUACAGCAGUCUUCCUACGUGUCUAUAGCAAGCAACUCUAACUUCACCGGAACACCUGGUAUCCAGACCCAGGCAAGGCUUCCGUUCAAUGGCAUAAUCCCAUCAGAGUCUGCCAGUCGGCCCAGAAAGCCCUGUAAUUGUACAAAAUCGCUGUGUUUGAAAUUAUAUUGUGAUUGCUUUGCAAAUGGUGAAUUUUGCAACAACUGCAAUUGUACUAAUUGUUAUAAUAACUUGGAACACGAAAAUGAAAGGCAGAAAGCAAUAAAGGCAUGCCUUGACAGAAAUCCAGAAGCUUUUAAGCCUAAGAUAGGGAAAGGGAAGGAGGGAGAAUCUGAUCGACGUCACAGCAAAGGAUGUAAUUGCAAACGAUCAGGAUGUCUUAAGAACUACUGUGAAUGCUAUGAGGCAAAAAUAAUGUGUUCCUCAAUAUGCAAGUGCAUCGGCUGUAAGAAUUUUGAAGAAAGCCCAGAAAGAAAGACGCUGAUGCACUUGGCAGAUGCAGCUGAAGUCAGGGUGCAGCAGCAGACAGCAGCGAAGACCAAGUUAUCCUCCCAGAUUUCGGACUUGCUGACCAGGCCAACACCAGCUUUGAAUAGCGGAGGAGGAAAGUUGCCAUUUACGUUUGUCACUAAGGAAGUAGCUGAAGCCACGUGUAAUUGCCUUCUUGCCCAGGCGGAGCAGGCAGACAAGAAGGGAAAAUCAAAGGCAGCUGCUGAACGGAUGAUACUUGAGGAAUUUGGGCGAUGCUUAAUGAGUGUCAUCAACUCUGCAGGAAAAGCAAAAAGUGACCCUUGUGCCAUGAAUUGCUAACUCGUGCACAAAAAAACUGCUAAAUGGAACUGUACAGAAAAUUGAAGGUUCAGG